AUGGGACGAAACAACUACACAUUCUGUAAAUCUUGUAACCUAUACAAAAAAACAAUUAAUGAUCUAAAUAUUUUGGUGGUGCAAUACGUAGACGUUAUUGAAGAUCUGGAAGGUGAAUUGGAUGUAUUGGAGGAAUGUAUACAAAAAGUCAACUCGGAUGGUGAUGGGCAAGAUUUCGAAGUUAAAGAAGAACAAAGUAAAAAAUCUAAACAAAAGGGAGAGAGGUGUCAAAACCCGGAUUGCAAAGCAAAAAUCAAGAAGGUGAACUGUGUACACUCUUCAAAAGUUAAAAUUCAAGAGUUAAAAAAAGAGGUUGAAAAACUCAAACAAGACAUCUCCACUAUGCUGUCACGUGAAAAGACUACCUUGCUAGAAGCCAACAAUAAAAUAAAUAUACUGGAAUGUGAAAAUAAUGGUUUGAAAUCGAAAAUUAAAGAGUUUGAACGAAAGGAGGAAAGCUACAUGAAGAUACAGCGUGAUUUAAAUGCGGAUAUUAAAGUUCUUAACAAGGAUAAAUGUGAAAGUAAUUUGGCAAUAAAAGAGUUGCAAUUGCAGAAGGAUUCAUACCUAACCAGGAUAAAAGAAUUGGAGUGUAAAAUUUGUUGUUUAAAUUUUAAAUCAGGCAAUUUUAAAGUGGCACAGACCCUAUCGACAAUAGACGAAAAUGCAUUAACAACAAACGAGUCCAAUUGUAAAGUCAACAGCAUGAAAGCUGAAUUGAAAAAGUACAGUGAAGUAAUUGUCGAUUUGGUGAUUGAACAAGAAAAAAAUUUGCAUGUUAAGUCAGAAAAUUCAUCAUUAAAAAACAAAUUAAAACAGCUGGAAAAAGCAAAACAGAGUGAAAAUAUGGAAAUAGUGCAAUGUACAAAUGAUAAUUUAAUAAGAGAGAAUUGUGCCCUAAAGGUUGAAGUAAAUAAAUGUAAUGAAAUAAUAACGAGUUUAAGAAGAAAUUUGGAACAAAAUACUGAACUCUUAAAUCAGAACAAAGAUCUAAAAAUACAAAUAGAAUCUUGUAAAAAUAAUCUACAUAAUAUAACGGAACAACAAGGGUUAUACGAAAAACUUAAGCAGGAUAAUCUUUGUUUAAAGACACAGGUUCAAUCCUUACUGGAUGUAAUAAAAAAAAUUGAAAUGGAAAAGAAACAGUUAAAAGAAAACAGUUUAAUACUAAGCAACGACAUCGAGAAAUGUAAUAAAUUGAUCAUUGAUUUGGUGGUGAAAGAGGAAAAGUGUCGCAUAUUAGACAAUGAGAAUUCAGUUUUAAAAAAUAGAAUCAAAGAAUUGGAAAAUGAUAAAUCUACAAAAAUAAAACAGGAAAACCAAUCUUUGAAAUCUAUAAUAGAUGACUGUCUUUGUAAAACAUCAUUAAUUAAUGAAGAACUAAAUACAACCGAUUUGGGAAAAUCUGCCCCGAAAAUGGAGGACUCGGAAGAACAAAGAAAGUGUGCUGCAAAUUUAAAUUUCAAUAAAAAACUUAAAAGACAAGAUUUUCCUAAGCUAAAUGAUGGAAAAAUUUGUAGUGCUAACAAAUCAAAUAUGUUUAAAUCAUGACUGUUUUGUUCGAUAUGAUAGGACCAAAAUAAAAUUGUGAUUUUUAAAUUAUGUAAUGCUUUAUUAAGAAUAAUCAAGUAUAAUAAUUUACCAUGUAAAUUUAAGAUUAAAACGUAUUUUUCGUAUACAUUUCAUUUACUUUUUUUCGAUUUAACACUCCCGUUUGUAGUAAACUGCUCGACUGUACGGUGAAAUGAAGUACGUGAUCGAAUUUUAUCCGGAAAACGCUGAGCGUAGAUAUUAACAGCAUCAUCAAGAUUCCUGCCUGCUUCUCCAUAAAUCAAAAUCAUUUCUAUUUUUCUUCCACUGUUAAAAAAUC